GACGCCGAUCUGACGAGCGCCGAGCGGCAGGUGGAGGAGCGCCUCGACAGGUUCUUCGGCGACGGCGCCGCCUGGGAGAAGGUGCGCGGCGCCCUGGGCGACCUGCGCCUCUGCCUGGAGGCGAUGGGCGCCGCGCGGUGCCGCCGGUUCCAGGUCAAGGUGCGCCUCAGAGUAUUCCCGUCGGGCCCAGUCUCGUGGCGCUUGGCCGCCCACCCGCCCGACGGUGGCUGCAAGGUCUCCGUGCGGCAGCUGCGGGGCAGCGAGGAGGACCUGUGGGGCAGGGGAUCUCGGAAGUCUGUGCGAGGGAGUCUCAAGCGAAGAGUGGUCUGA